AUUUGAAGUAAUUAAUGAUUAACGGAGGUGCUCUGGUGAAUCUUGUUCAAUGAAGAGAACACUGGAGCAGAUAAGGUGAAUGUAGCAGGGUCCUCUUGUAGCACUGAAGGGGUAAAAGGAAAAUGAAACCCACCUUCUCCUUGUGUUUUCUGCUGGCUGUUUUGUAUUCUGUUGCCCAAUGUCAUCAGCGUCCUCGCUACCACAAUAAACAGGACGAUUCUAAAGGAGCACAUUACCCAGGUAGCAUUUCUCAUGGGGAAGGAGUUUUUCCAAAUAAAAACAAAACUUUUGUCAAAGUAGUUCACAGCAAUGCUGAUUUUGCAUUUUCAUUUUACAAGCUGGUUGCAUCCGAAGCAACCGAUCAAAAUAUCUUCUUUUCACCCAUAAGCAUUUCUGCUUCCCUUGCAAUGCUGGCACUGGGUGCCAAGUCAGCAACGCUAACACAGAUUCUGGAAGGUCUUGCCUUUAACCUGAAAAAGACUCAGGAUCAGGAAAUACAUGAAGGUUUUUGUCAGCUCCUCCACAUGCUGAACCGUUCAGAUAGCAAUCUUCAUCUAAGCCUGGGCAAUGCGCUUUUUAUAGAAGAGACACUGAAACCACUACAGAAGUUCUUGGAAGAUGCCAAAAGCUUUUAUCAGUCUGAAGUCCUUUCUGCUGACUUUAACAACUCCUCUGGUGCUGAGAUCCAGAUCAACAGUUAUAUUGAAGAAAAGACAAAUAAGAAAAUUGUUAAACUAGUAGAAAAUCUUGAUCCUCUCACCACAAUGGUUCUUGUUAACUAUGUCUUCCUUAAAGCUCAUUGGCAGAAACCCUUCAGUGAUUCAUACACAAAAAAAGAAGAUUUUUUUGUGGAUAAGAAAACAUCUGUAAAAGUUGACAUGAUGUAUCGGAAAGGUUACUACAGAAAUUACUUUGAUGAAGAGCUGUCCUGUUGGCUGGUUCAGAUUCCUUACAAUGGAAAUGCUGCAGCAUUAUUUGUUUUACCUGAUGAAGGGAAGAUGAAACAGGUGGAAGAUGCUCUUUUGAAAAGAACUGUGUCCAAAUGGGAAAAGCUCCUCCAAGAUAGAAAAAUACACCUACAUAUUCCAAAACUUUCUAUUUCUGGUACCUACGAUGUGAAAAAGAUAGUCAGAGAAGUGGGUAUAAUUGAUCUAUUCACUGAACAAGCUGAUCUGUCAGGAAUUACUGAGGAUCCUGGACUGAUGGUUUCAAAAGUGAUCCACAGAGCUGUGCUAAAUGUUCAUGAGAAUGGCACUGAAGCAGCAGGAGUCACAGUGAAGGAGAUUACAUGGAGAUCUGGUGAUAUUUCUCGUCCUCCUCGAGUCAGAUUCAACAGGCCCUUUCUCCUGAUGAUUUUGGAUAAAUAUGCUCAUACCAUCCUCUUCAUUGGGAAAAUUGUAAAUCCUCUGAAAAAAUAACUGAUUGUCCAGAGGACAGGUACUUCUGCACAUAGCUACCUAAGAUCCUGUGAUCCGGUAAUAACUUUGCGUACACCAAUGUGUACUGGUGUCUUUCAAUUGUUGUUAUUAUAUACAUUUCUAACCCCUGAAAAGCAAGAACUACUUUUUCUUGUCCAAAUGACACGGGUAUUUCCUCUCUGGUCUACAGCUGUAUGUAACUUGUAUUGUCAACAAAGUAUGAGUCACUUUUCAGCUGUUAAGAUUUGGUUCAGCUGUUCUGCAAUAAUCCCUUCCAGACACUCUCCAGUAUAUGAGAUCUGUACCCUCUUUCAUGGAUGAUGUAGCUUUUACUCUACACCCAAAAUGUGUGCAGGGGAGGCUGGGAGAAGAGAAAUGGGGAAAAGAGAUGGAAGGUGUACGUCCUGUCAGUUUAAUCCACUGACUUUUGAUGUAAAAUGCAGAAUAUCUUAAUAUUGGAGUGACUUUUCAUUUUUUUCUUUGUUGUUUUUGUUUGUUUGCUUCGUUGGUUAGUUGGCUGGCUUGGUUUGGUUUUUAUUAGAAUGAAGUUACAUCACCACUGACUGCAACAUUGGAAUACACAAUAAUGUAAAGGGUUGACCAUUACGAUUAAUUUAGCUGUUGUCUUCUUCUGUGGAAGUCCUAUUCAUGCAGGCAAUUAAGUUGCUCUUCAUUGUUGGGGUAUUGACAAUGUACUGAGAUAAAAUAAAUGGUGGAAUAUUCCACACUAUAGCACCAGUUUCUUUUUAUGGAUUUGCUGUCACUUUCAUUUCUUUUUUUCUUACUGAUUCCAACUUCAUUAUCACACCUUCCAGAUAGACAAGUCAGACUGUGGUACAGAAAUUAUCUUCUCACAGGAAACAGCAAAGCUUUUCUUGGGACUGUUAAUAUGUUUUGAACUCAGAAAGCUAUCAUAGACAUGUACAUCAAAUACAGGCAGUAUUUGAUAAGUCACACUAGAUUUUAGCAGUGGAUUGAUACUAUAGAAUAAAAACAUAUAGUUACUUGAAAUUUGUACCUUUUCUUUUAAAGAUUCAUGAGUCUAGUGUACUGCUAGUGUGUUAUUUUAUUAAAAUAUGCAAAGAUGUUGAAAGCAGUUAAAUAUUUAUUCGAUCUUUCACUACAGAAUAUCUCAAAUUGGUAAAAAAAAAAAUAAAAUACAAAUAGCAACUUUGCAGUCUUUAGUCUCUUACAAUGUGAAAUAAUAUACCAUGAAAAUAAUGAUGACUAUUUCUGAAACAAUAUUGUCCUGAUUGUUUGGGGGAUUUUGACUUGUCUCUGGUGUUAAAUUACCACUAUCAGUAUUACUGGGCUGUAGCUGUAUGUCAGCCAAGUAUUGCUUGAUGUUCACACUCAAAGCCCUCAUCAAAACCACAUAAAAUAGUGACAAAACUUCCCUACUGACAUCUGUUUUUGAUCUAUUCAGUAUUUAGUAAAAGCUGCUGGCUAGAACAUGGCAUAUAUACAGACUUAAUCUCGGUAUAAUACAGAUAAACUGAUUCUACAAAAUAUCAUUUAAAAGUACUUGGCAAAUUAUGGGGCUAAUUCAGGACAGCAUGCUAAAGUCCAGCUUUGCAGUGACAACUAUGUAAGCAAAUAUCAUGAGACUUUAUGUUUGUUCUUCAUUGUGGACCCCAGAUCAAUACUAUUUGCUAUCAUUAAAAAAUUUAAAUGAUAUUUUGCCAAUCAGAUCUCUCUUUGAGAGACAAGUUUGAUGUCUGACCUAUUUGGAAGCAGAUGAGGAAUAAUCAAACAUCAUACGGGAAUAUUAAUCAAAGUUUGUGCUUCCAUUUAUGUAUGAAAAGAUGCCAUGAGGUAUUUUGUUAAAUUCUAAUACAGUGGGACCUUUUCCUACAUUAUUUUCUCAAAGAAGGCAUACUGUAUAAGAGGAAUGCUUAGAAAUCACAUAUAGCCAUGGUUAUAAAUAAAUAAAUAAAUAAAUUUA